CCCCCUACCUAGGAAAACGCCUCCCCCGCCUCUGCACGCGCCCUCGGAGCCCAGCCUGCCUAGGGUGUGUAGGAUGCCCAGACGCAAAACUUGCAAACAGACCUGGGGGUCCCUAGCCUGGGUCUCCGAGCAGGAUCUCGGUGGAGACUCCGGUCUUUUCCAAUGACCUUGCCAAAUGCAAAAAUCUGCUUUUAACUUAGUGGGGGUAUCGGCUGCCCAGAAGACUGACCCGAAUUGGGGGUAAAGUGUGGUUAGGGUGGCGAAGAAACUGUCUCUGAAGGUGGGAAAAAGAUCUCCAAGCCGCUGAUGGAGAAGAAGCGACGGGCGCGCAUUAAUGUGUCGCUGGAGCAGCUCAGAUCGUUGCUAGAGAAACACUACUCGCACCAGAUCCGGAAACGCAAGUUGGAGAAGGCGGACAUACUGGAGCUGAGCGUCAAGUACAUGAAAAGCCUUCAGAACUCGGUGCAAGGGCUCUGGCCGGUCCCCAGAGGAGCCGAGUACCCUUCGGGCUUUCGCGGCUGUCUGCCGGGCGUUAGCCAACUUCUGCGGCGCGGAGAGGAGGGCGGCGACGGCCUGCGCUGCCCCCUGGCGCACGAGCGCGCUCGUGGCAGCACCAUGGACAGCGCCAGUCCCGGCCCCGAGGCGCCCGCGCGGCGCGGCCCCGGCGCCCCCCCAGUUUGGGCCCCUGAUCCGGCCGCCGGCGGCUCGCGGUCCCCGCCACCCCGGCUCCUCUUCUCUGGAGGUCUCCCCGGUCAGUCCACCAGCAUCCCCGCGCCGCAGUCGGCGUCUCGCCGCUUCGCCGAGAGCCCGGGGCCAGGGCUGCGCUUGUGGCGGCCCUGGUGAGGAUCUGUUGCGGCCUCGGACUCACGGAGGCCCUCGUCUGGCCUGGGGACGCAGAGACUGUUUUGGACGGCCGGGACUCCGGUCAUCGGUUCUGGUCCCGGGACGGGGUGGCCGGGAGGGUGCCGCGUCUCUUCGAACUCGGGGAAAUACACGAAGCUACGAUUGGACCGGGUUCUGCGCGUCUAGGCAUAACCCAACCCCCCACCCCAGCCCUACCCACUUAGGCCGGACCCGCUUUCUCCUCCUCCCACCUUCUAGUGGGCCUGGGAGUGGGUGUCCCGGGCUGCGCCCCUUUCCCAGGGCCCCUGGCGGGCAGCUCGUCCCCGCCCCGCGGCCGCGCCGCGGUGGGAAGGUCGCCGUCGGCAGCGGCACAGAGCGGACCCCUCGCAGCGAGG